UUAACUACAUUUUCGUCUAUUAAAUACACUAAACAAUACGGCGGGAAUAACCAUGGUUAAAAGCCGGGUAAUAAUUUAUACAUUUUCAAAUGCUAUAAUUUGACUGGAAGAACUCAGAAAUUGCCUAAAUUUUCCUGAGUCCAUUGGUCUGCUUGUGAAACCCUAGAGAGAAAAAGCUCAGCUCUUGGUAACCAUGAUUAUCCCUGUGCGAUGUUUCACUUGUGGAAAGGUGAUUGGGAACAAAUGGGAUCAGUACCUCGAUCUUCUUCAGGCUGAUUAUCCUGAAGGGGAUGCUCUUGAUGCUCUGGGAUUGGUGAGGUACUGCUGCAGACGCAUGCUUAUGACUCAUGUUGAUCUCAUUGAGAAACUUCUAAAUUACAACACUUUAGAGAGAAGUGAUGCAAAUUAGUCAUGAAGCGAUUGAUGGUCUAAGAUGUAUGCAAUUUUGUUUUGAUGAUCUUGGAACUGGUUAUGAUAGACAAAAAUGAAAUCUAUAAUAUUAUGUAUAUAUUAUCAGUUUGGCUAGUUCGUGCUGAACCUCAGGUUCUUGAUACCUUUUCUAGAACAAUGUGUAACCCAUGCUCCAUGAUAACUGUUGGUUCUUGUGCUUUUGGCAGAAUGUUGGUUUACGCUUGUGCAUUUGAAUGCUUUGUAUAUGUAUCAUGUUUGAUCAUAUAAAGCCUAUAAUGUCAAAAUCGCUAGAUUUAAAACUUUCCA